AUAAAUAUGCAACAGUUUGCAAGAGGCAACUUAUUACACAACGAAGCCUGGCCAAUUGGAAACACCAUGAAGCGCUUCACUAUCCUCAGUGCGAUCUUCUGCAUCGCCAUUGCACAACCGUUUGUGGACCAGCAUAAUCGCGUUGUCGGCGGUUCGGAUGCCGAGCCCGGUGCAGCACCGUACCAGAUCUCCCUGCAGACACCCUUCGGGCAUUCUUGCGGUGGUGCUAUUAUUGCUGAAAGUUGGAUCCUCACGGCCGCACACUGUGUGCAGAACAGUGUGACCAAGUUCCUGAAGGUCCUUGUCGGUACCAACAAGCUUAACGCAGGGGGACAGCUGAUCCACGUGAAAGAAGUAUUCAUCCAUAGCCGAUAUAACAAGCCUACGUUCCACAAUGACAUCGCAUUGGUGAAGCUGGAGUCGGAACUGAAGUACAGUGAGCUGGUGAAACCGAUCGAGUACAGUGAACAGGUUGUACCGGAGAGCUCUAUUCUCACGCUGACCGGCUGGGGUCGCCUGUCGACCAAUGGACCGAUUCCCAGCAAUCUGCAGACGAUCGAGCUGAACUAUGUCAACAACGAGGAGUGCAAACGUUUACACAACAAUUCCAACGAUGUCGAUAUUGGUCACAUCUGCACGCUGACGAAGACUGGCGAAGGGGCAUGUAGUGGUGAUUCCGGUGGUCCACUCGUGCUUGACGGAAAGCUGGUGGGAAUCGUUAACUUCGGUGUACCGUGUGCCAAGGGUUAUCCGGAUGCCUAUGCUCGUGUAUCAUACUACCACGACUGGAUUCGGACAACAAUAGCCAACAAUUCUUAGAUGUAUUUUGAUUUAUUCUCCGCACACGUGCAGCGCCAUGCCAUCGCGAGCAAAGUUAUAAAAUAAACGUUAUUCCCGACACUUGGAACACCCGA